AUGUGGAUAGCAACAUCACCGCUGGCACUUCUGCUGGCCGCGACCGGCUUCUCCGCCGUCAAGGCGGUGGAUACCCUGGUUGAUCUCGGCUACGCCAAGUUCCAAGGCUCCGUGACCGACCCGGAUCUCGGUGUCAGCAUGUGGAAGGGCAUCCAGUUUGCCGCCCCACCAGUCGGCAAGCUCAGGUUCGCCGCUCCGGCUGACCCGGUUCAGACCGGCGUCGUCAACGCCACCGUCCACGGACCCAUCUGCCCGCCCCAGCAGCCGACCGACUGGACCGUCACCGGCACCUACUCUCGAUUCACCACCGACGAGGACUGCCUCUACCUGGCCGUCACGGCACCCACCAACGCCACGACGAGCUCCAAGCUUCCUGUUGUCGUCCUCAUCCAGGGCGGUGGUUUCGGGUCCAAUUCUAGCCCCAACUGGAACGGUAGGGAGAUUGCAUCUGAUGGCCAGGUGAUCGUCGUCACCUUCAACUACCGCGUCGGCAUGUACGGCUUUUUGCAGGCGCGUGAGCUCAAGGCUGGUGGUGGCACAUUCAACGCUGGCAUCAAGGACAUGAUCAAGGCGCUGGAGUGGGUCCAAAUCAACAUUGCCGCCUUUGGAGGAAACCCCAGCCAGGUCAUCAUCGACGGCGUCAGCGCCGGUGGUGCCGCGGUGGGUCUGCUCAUGGCGGCCAACAUCCCCGGUGGCAAGGAGCUGUUCGCCGGUGCUAUUUCCGAGUCGGGUCCCUGGGUCACCAUGCGCAACAUGGAGCAGGGCCAAGACAUGUACGACUGCCUCGUCGAGGAGAAGAACUGCACGGGUUCCUCCGACACCCUAGAGUGCCUACGCGCUCUGGACCAGGCCACCAUCCGCUCUUCCAAGUGCUGGUUCAACCCGAACAUCGACGGCGAGCUCUUCAGCGACAGCCUGGCGGAGAUGUUCCGCCAGGGCAAGUACCGCAAGGUGCCUACAAUCUGGGGCACCUGCGCGGACGACGGGACCAAGAACGUGGACCAGUCGGUCAACUCGACCGCCGAUUGCCGCAAGGCGUUCCUGCAGGACGACUCGACCCUGUCCAACGGCUCGCUCGCCAUCCUGCAAAAGUUCUACGUCGACGUGCCGCAGCCCGUCUUCCCCAACGCCGGCCAAAAGUGGCGCCAGCUCUCCAACGCCCACGCCGACUACGGCAACAACUGCCCCAUCCGAAACCUGCAGGACUACCUUGCGCGCGACGGCGCCGCCACAUGGAACUACAAGUACGACGUGGUCGACCCGGCCGACGCGGCGGCGGGCUACGGCGCGUGGCACACGGUCAACACGUUUGCGUUCUGGGGCCGCAGCCGCGACGACAGCGCGCCUGCGUCGUACGCCACCACCAACAAGCCGGCCAUCUCGCUCACCAGGAAGUACUGGGUGUCGUUCCUCCGGCACCUGGACCCGAGCAAGGACAGGGAGGCCGGCGCGGCCGAGUGGACGCCUUACACGGCGGCGGGGCGGGAGAGGAUCUUGAUCCAGACCAACAACACUCACAUGGAGAGGAUGAGCGACGCGCAGGCGUUGCGGUGCGAUGUGCUGAUGCCCAUGUCCUUGAACCUGGGCAAGCCGGCCAAGGACGGGACCGUCACCGAGUUGAAUGCGACGCUGGCGGCCCAGAUUGACAGCAUGAGUGACGAUACGACGUUGAAGAAGAGGAGUGUUAGGUUUGGAAAGGCAUAUUAG